AAAAGAAUAUAUACUGUGUGGAAUACAUAAAGGAAAGAAAACAAUGGAGGAAAGCAGAAGAGUUCCAGUAGACAGAGGUUGGGCAUGGGUGAUUCUCGCUGCCAACUUUCUUGUUGUGUUCCUGGUCAUUGGCUGUACUUCCUCUUUCGGGCUUUUCUUUGCUGAGUUUAUGAGUGAAUAUAAGGCAUCUGCCUCCAGCAUCACCGUAGCACUGUCGGUACAGACCGUAGUAUUUAGUGUUGCUUCGCUCUUUGCAAUGAACUUCGGAACUGGUCUUGCAUCCAAUCGGACUUAUAUUAUAAUUGGAGGUCUCUUUGGUUGCUUGGCAUACGUCAUCAGUGCCAUAAUAAAAGACAUGUCCUAUCUUAUAUUAUCUCAUGGCGUAAUAUUUGGUAUCGCUUAUGGAUUUUCCUAUGGACCAUCACUAGUAGUUUUAGGGAGAUACUUUGACAAGAAAAGGGGUCUAGCUGCCACCUUAGGAAAUAUGGGAGUCAGCUUCGGAAGUUUGAUAUUCCCGCCUGUCAUAAGAAUUCUUCUGGAUACAUACGGACUAAGAGGAGCACUCGUUGUGAUUGGUGGCCUCCUUUUGAAUUUGUGUGUAGCGGGAGCUUUGAUGAGACCAAUAGCAUUCUAUAAAGACCGAAUUACUUGGAAGGCAGUAAAUUCAAAAGAAAUUCAUUCGAACAAAACAGUUUGGACAACUGGCAGUGAUGGUAAAUGUGAUCACACACCAAAUUCUGGACAGAAAACGACGAAAGAAAAGUGUUCGAAUUCCAUAUUUUCCCAAGAAAAUUGCAACAAGAGAAAAAUGUCACUUGUAAAACAAUUUUUUCUUGAUACGAAAAAUAAGAUCAAAAUUAAAAAUAUAUGCAAGAUAUCGAUAAACAUUCAAGUUUUGAAAAAUGUGCUAUUCCGAAUGUGGAUUCCGGUGUGUUUUCUCGCCAUAAUCGGAUGUGUACAGAUUGCAAUUUUUAUACCUCCACACGCUAAAGAUCUUCGAAUAUUGGAUAGUAAAAUAACCAUACUAGUGAUCAUGAUAGGAGCUUCAAACUUUUUUUCUAAGAUUGUUGUUGCUAUUUUUAUUUAUCACAACUUUAUGUCAAAAACUCACAUGAUGGCUGGGUCCUUGAUUAUAACCGGUGUAUCUUGUAUGCUUAUUUCACUUUAUACAGACUUCAUGACCAUGUGUUUCCUAUCCGUAAUAUUUGGAUUUUUUGGAAGCGUGUAUUUCGGUUUAUUUCCAGCUGUAAUUGCAGACUUUGUAGGAAUAGACAAUCUUUCCAGCGCAAUGGCGAUAAAUAUGAUGAUGCAAGGACUAGGGUUGUCUAUCUCGAACCCAAUUUUAGGUUAUCUGAGAGACAUAUCGGGAUCUUUCUAUGCCUCCUUCUAUGUGAUGGGAUCAACUCUUAUAAUGAGUGGAACCAUAUUGUUUUUGGAACCGCUUUGUAGAAAGUUAGAAAAAAGAAGAAUUGAUUCUAAAAACAUAGAACAAGACGUUGUGAUAACACCAUUGUGAUAUGAGAGAGAGAGAGAGAGAGAGAGAGAGAGAUUGAAUCCAACAUUCCAAAUCAGUAUUUUCGAAGGAAUGUAUCUUUAAUACCAACUUAGGAAUGAAAGUGGUUUUAUUAUUUGCCAAAAUGUUUUCAAAAUAUGUAUUUUGAAACAUACAUAACAAUAUAUAUUUAAUUAAUUCAGAAUUUACAUUAAUCUUACAU